GGCUUGACUGCUGCAGCCAGACUCGGGGAAGUUUUCUGCUUCACAUCUUACAACUGCGGCUCCCAGAGAAAUGACCACGCCAGGAUACACCUCUGCUGUGAAGUAAAAACACACCAGGAAUAGACACAUCGGUUCUCGUCCUACUUCAGAGAAGCUGCACCUCGGCUUCAGUCGAACCUCAGAAUAGUAGUGAUUUAAACCAGCGCCGGACCGCGUCUCCAGGUCCCUGCACCAUGUCCUAGCCCACAGCAGUCCCGCACCUUCAUCCCUCUCUCCAUCUUCCUCCCCUUCUCAAUCCCUCCAAUCUCCUCUUCGAGAUGUGCUGAUAUCUGGCCGAAGCACCCGUGGCAUUUCCUCCGGCGCGAUGAGCGGCCUGCACCAGCAGCAUCAUGGCAGCGUGGGCUCAGAGCGAGACCUCCAGUCCGCCGCCUCCUCCGUCAGCCUCCCCUCGGUCAGGAAGACUCCAAAGAAGCGCCGUCUGUCCCUCCACUCGCUGUUUGGACGCCGACGCCGGCCCGACCGUGACCCCAAGCGCAAGUCGAGGCACCUGCAGGCCGGAGGCGGCCUGGACGGCGCGGUCGCCAUUGAGAGCGUGCAGCCGGAGCCAGCCCACGACAAGACCUCUACCCACUCCCCUCUAGAUGCGGCGUCCACUUCUUCUUCGGCGGCGACAUCGUCGGCGGCAGCGGCCGCGUCGGAGCUGCUGGAGUGCCCCCUGUGCCUGCUGCGCCACACGCGCGAGCGCUUCCCGGACAUCAUGACCUGCCACCACCGCUCCUGCGCCGACUGCCUGCGGCAGUACCUGCGCAUCGAGAUCUCCGAGUCCCGCGUCAACAUCAGCUGCCCCGAGUGCGCCGAGCGCUUCAACCCCCACGACAUCCGCAUGAUCCUGGGCGACCGGGCGCUCAUGGAGAAGUACGAGGAGUUCAUGCUGAGGAGGUGGCUGGUGGCCGAGCCCGACUGCCGCUGGUGCCCCGCCCCCGACUGUGGUUAUGCAGUCAUCGCGUUCGGCUGCGCCAGCUGCCCAAAGAUCACCUGCGGGCGCGAGGGCUGCGGCACGGAGUUCUGCUACCACUGCAAGCAGCUGUGGCAUCCCAACCAGACGUGCGACACGGCGCGGCAGCAGCGGGCCCAGAGCCUCCGGCUGAGGAGCUUCAGGUCGUCCUCCCUGAGCUACAGCCAGGAGAGCGGCGCCGCAGGUGACGACAUCAAGCCGUGCCCCCGCUGCGCCGCGUACAUCAUCAAGAUGAACGACGGCAGCUGCAACCACAUGACCUGCGCGGUGUGCGGCUGCGAGUUCUGCUGGCUGUGCAUGAAGGAGAUCUCCGACCUGCACUACUUAAGCCCGUCUGGCUGCACGUUCUGGGGCAAGAAGCCCUGGAGCAGAAAGAAGAAGAUCCUGUGGCAGCUCGGCACGCUGGUGGGCGCCCCGGUGGGCAUCGCGCUCAUUGCCGGCAUCGCCAUCCCCGCGAUGAUCAUCGGCAUCCCGGUGUACGUCGGCAGAAAGAUUCAUAAUCGUUACGAAGGCAAGGACAUCUCCAAGCACAAGAGGAACUUGGUGAUCGCUGGCGGCGUGACUCUGUCUGUGAUUGUGUCGCCUGUGGUCGCUGCAGUCACUGUUGGAAUCGGCGUUCCCAUCAUGCUUGCUUAUGUCUACGGAGUCGUCCCGAUCUCGCUGUGCCGCAGUGGAGGCUGCGGAGUGUCCGCUGGCAACGGCAAAGGCGUGCGGAUCGAGUUCGACGACGAAAACGACAACAUAGGCAGCGGCGCAGCCGUCACAGACACGACCUCCGUGGCAGAGACGCGGCUCAACAACGCCAGCCUGGGCGACGGGGCGAGCGUCGGCGGCCUGACGGGCCUGAGCCUCAGCGUCAGUGGGAGCCACAUGGAGCGCUGCGGCGUCGGCUCGGCGCAGCGGGACAACAUGAGCGACAACGCCAGCACCACGGCGCUGGCCGGGACCAGCAUCACCGGCAGCCUGUCCGGGAGCUGCUACAACCGGAUGGAGGUGCAGGCCGACGUCCAGAAGGAGCGCUGCAGCCUGAGCGGAGAGUCGGCCACCGUCAGUCUGGGCACCAUCAGCGACAACGCCAGCACAAAGGCCAUGGCGGGAUCUAUCCUCAACGCCUACAUGCCCCUGGAAAGAGACAACAGUCUGGAGGUGCAGGCGGACGUGGAGUCCAAGCAGGAGAAGGUGCGGCACGGCAGCGCCAGCAGCAGCCUGGACGAGGCCAGCUGCAGCAGCAGCAGCGCCGCCGGGCUCAAAGCAGCAGCCGGCGGCGGCGGCGGCGGCGGUCCGUGCUCCUGCUGCACGCAGCACGGCAGCCACUGCUGCCCCUCGUCCCCCUGGUCCAAGGAGCCCUCCACCUCCGGGGGCAAAAAGGCCAAAGCCAAGCUGUGGAACAGGGCGAGCAGCAGCCAGGGCGACGCGGACGCCCAGCUUCUGGAGCAGCGCAGCACCAACUCGUCCGAGUUCGACUCGCCGUCGCUGAGCGGCAGCCUCCCGUCCGUCGCCGACUCGCACUGCAGCCACUUCUCCUCUGAGCUCAGCUGCUCGGACCCCGAGCCCCCGAGACCGGCAAACCCCCCGUCCUCGUCCCCGGUGGACGCGCCCCACCCCACCGCCCCCUUCGGCGACGCCCCGCUGGCGCAGAUGCCCGAGGUGGAGCACGACCGGCUGGAGCGCUUCCCCGCGCCGAGCGGCCACGCAGCCUUCACACACCGCCUUGUGUCCGCCUCCCCGCCCGCCUCGCCCAGAGAGGGGGCCAGCGGGAACUUCCUCUACAUCAGCGAGGAGAGCGUGGCGGACGUCACGGACACGGAGCAGGCGGAGCAGACGAAAGACACCAGCGACGCGGCGGUGCGGCCCGUCAGCCCGGUAAAGAAGCGCUGCAUACAGACGGACAUCUGAGGGACGGCCGGUUCCCACUGCGAGCUCCAUCAGCCUUAUCGCCCAGUUCCUCCUCAGAGAUGAGCUCUUCCCGUGCCGUGGCGGCGGGAGCAGCACCCGAAUGUCAGUCUGCGGAGCGACGGAGAAGGUUCAGGCGGAAGUUGGAGAGAGAUUCGCGAGUGAAGUGAGAGAAAGCGGUUUCAGGUUGGCGAACAGGAGCACCGAGGAUUACAGUAAGUUAGAGAAAGUCAUGGACAUGGCAGGUUGUCGGCCGAAAUGUUACAGACGAUCCUCCCAGCUAAUAUGACGAUCUGCAAAGCCUUCACAGUUCUUGAAUGAUUUCACCAAAUCCCAGAACAAAGCUGAUUAUUGUCUUUCGCAGACCUGAUGACGCUGGAUAUUAAGAUGUCUGAAACUCUCUCCUGUAGUGAAUCAAGCUGCUAUUAUAAAAACCUCUUCUUUUUUUCUUUUUUUUCCCCACAUCUGCAAAAAUCAGCUUUCUUUGAGGAGGGGGGUCCUGGUUUUGCAGGAUCAGUGAGCAACGUUUGGUCCACCGCCCCAGAAGAUCUCAGCUAAAAUAACCUCCAGCAUAUAAAACUUCAGAGGGACCAGUUCACACAGACAGUAGCAGGAGUUAUUUUCUGUAAUCAUAUAUGUAAGAAAAGUGUUUGUUCAAAUUGUAACGAUAAACUCUCUUUUGUGUGUGUGUUCUGUGUUUAUUUUCCAUUUUUGGGGAAAGUUGUUUUUCAGUUCUGAAGCCCCGUGUUGGGUCCAAACAGUUUCUAAUGGUUUGGUGGGAACUGUGAGACUCUGGAGUGUAGCCCUCCUUCCUUUUGUUUGACUUUUUUUUUUUUUUUUUUUUUUUUUUUUUUUAUAUGAUGGAUUUAAGACAUUUUUGCUGUGUUUUCGUCUUUCACAAGCUUUCGUCUGCACUGGUAAAAGAAAAAUGUUUUCAGAUGUUGGAAGUUUUAGUGUGGCUGAGUCAUGAGAGGAGGAAAGGGAACUUGUAAACAUGCAAAAAAAAAAAAAGAAGCAAAGCCCAGUGAAAUUUGAAGUUGUAGCAUUUAUUACUAUGAACAGGGCUUU